CUUUCCCCUUCCCUUUCCUCUCUCUUAAAAUCUCAACCCAAAAUUUUCCUCUCUUUUCUCUUCACACGAACAAAUAAAACCUCUGUUUGCCCCUCCAUUUUUCUUCCCCAAACAUGGCGCCGAACAGCAGAAGCCUCCAGCUCACCCAGCUCUCCGUCUCCGGCGCCGGCGACUCCGGCGACCUCGAGGAGGUGCGACUCCUCGACGCGUACGAGAAUUCGGAGGAGGAGGGAGUAAUCGGAGAGGGGACGAUGAAGAGGAUUCAGGUCGGCGUCACCGGAAUGACCUGCGCUGCUUGCUCGAAUUCCGUUGAAGCAGCUCUGAUGAGCGUUCAUGGCGUUCUCAGGGCUUCCGUUGCUCUUCUUCAGAACAAGGCUGACGUGGUCUUUGAUCCCAGAUUGGUCAAGGAUGAAGACAUCAAGAGCGCAAUCGAGGAUGCUGGGUUUGAAGCAGAGAUUCUACCUGAAUCCAGUGCAGUUGGGACAAAGCCUCAAGGAACCCUGUCAGGGCAGUUCUCUAUAGGAGGCAUGACAUGUGCAGCUUGCGUGAACUCCGUUGAAGGCAUCUUAAGAGAUCUUCCUGGUGUCAAAAGGGCGGUCGUUGCAUUGGCAACUUCAUUAGGUGAAGUCGAGUAUGAUCCAGCCAUAAUCAGCAAAGAGGAUAUAGUCAAUGCGAUUGAAGAUGCUGGUUUUGAAGGAGCCUUUUUACAGAGCAGUGAACAAGAUAAGAUUGUUUUGGGGGUUGCUGGCAUAUACAGUGACGUGGAUGUACAGCUUUUAGGGGGCAUACUUAGCAACUUGAAGGGAAUGAGGCAAUUUUAUUUUGACCGAAUUACAAGAGAACUUGAAGUCCUAUUUGAUCCUGAAGUUGUCAAUUCAAGAUCAUUAGUUGAUGGGAUUGAAGGGGGAAGUAGCGGAAGGUUUAAAUUACAUGUCGCAAACCCUUAUUCAAGAAUGACUUCUAAGGAUGUGGAAGAAGCCUCAAAUAUGUUUAGAUUGUUCAUCUCUAGCCUAUUUCUCAGUGUUCCUGUCUUUCUCAUACGGGUAGUUUGUCCUCACAUACCGCUGAUUUAUUCCUUAUUGCUCUGGCGAUGUGGGCCCUUCCAAAUGGGUGAUUGGUUGAAGUGGGCAUUGGUGAGUGUUGUUCAAUUUGUUGUUGGAAAGCGGUUCUACAUUGCUGCUGCCAGAGCUCUGCGAAAUGGUUCCACGAAUAUGGAUGUUUUGGUUGCACUGGGAACAUCGGCCUCUUAUUUCUACUCUGUUUGCGCACUUCUGUAUGGUGCAGUCACUGGGUUUUGGUCGCCAACUUACUUUGAAACAAGUGCAAUGCUGAUCACGUUUGUGCUCUUAGGAAAGUAUCUGGAGUGUCUUGCAAAGGGGAAAACAUCUGACGCUAUCAAGAAGUUGGUAGAACUUGCACCAGCAACAGCGAUGUUGCUUAUCAAAGAUAAAGACGGAAGAUGUAUCGGAGAAAGGGAAAUAGAUGCCCUAUUAAUUCAGCCUGGUGACACAUUGAAAGUUUUACCGGGUGCAAAGGUUCCUGCUGAUGGUCUUGUUGCUUGGGGUACAAGUUAUGUGAAUGAAAGUAUGGUAACUGGUGAAUCUGUACCUGUUUCAAAGCAGGUCGGUUCAAGAGUUAUUGGAGGUACAAUAAAUUUACAUGGCGCUCUACACAUACAAGCUACCAAAGUAGGCUCUGAUACAGUUUUGAGUCAGAUUAUCAGUUUAGUUGAGACGGCACAGAUGUCCAAAGCUCCCAUACAGAAAUUUGCAGAUUUUAUUGCAAGCAUUUUUGUUCCUACUGUUGUUAUGUUGGCGUUGUUGACAUUAUUGGGAUGGUACAUGGCUGGAGCUCUUGGAGCCUAUCCAGAAAGUUGGCUCCCAGAAAAUGGAAAUCACUUCGUCUUCGCCCUUAUGUUUUCUAUAUCAGUUGUGGUGAUUGCUUGCCCUUGUGCUCUCGGCUUGGCAACACCAACUGCUGUCAUGGUUGCAACAGGAGUUGGUGCUAACAAUGGUGUGCUGAUAAAAGGAGGGGAUGCCUUGGAAAGGGCUCAAAAAAUUAAGUAUGUGAUAUUUGAUAAAACAGGUACCCUAACUCAGGGAAAGGCUUCGGUUACAACCACAAAAGUUUUCACGGGAAUGGACCGUGGAGAAUUCCUUAAAUUGGUGGCUUCUGCAGAGGCUAGUAGCGAACAUCCACUGGCAAAGGCGAUAGUUGCAUACGCCCAGCAUUUUCAUUUCUUUGAUGAUUCUGCUCCUAAGGAUGCCGAAAGCAAUAACAAAGACUCUGCAGUAUCUGGUUGGCUUUUUGAUGUUGCAGAAUUUUCUGCUUUGCCUGGAAGAGGAGUCCAAUGCUUUAUUGAUGGAAAACAGAUUUUGGUUGGUAAUCGCAAGUUGAUGACUGAGAGUGGAAUCAACAUCCCUGAUGAUGUGGAAAAAUUUGUGGUAGAUCUUGAAGACAGUGCGAAAACAGGCAUACUUGUCUCAUAUGAUGGUAAUUUAAUCGGUGUUUUGGGGGUUGCAGACCCACUGAAAAGGGAAGCUGCUGUGGUAGUUGAGGGCCUGAGCAAAAUGGGCGUUCGACCAGUCAUGGUUACUGGGGACAAUUGGAGGACAGCACGGGCCGUUGCUAAGGAGGUUGGCAUUCACGAUGUAAGGGCAGAGGUAAUGCCUGCAGGAAAAGCUGAUGUAAUUCGUUCGUUUCAAAAUGAUGGAAGUACGGUCGCAAUGGUUGGCGAUGGAAUCAAUGAUUCUCCGGCGCUAGCCGCAGCAGAUGUUGGUAUGGCAAUUGGAGCGGGGACAGAUAUUGCCAUUGAAGCGGCGGAUUAUGUUUUGAUGAGGAGCAAUUUGGAGGAUGUGAUUACCGCCAUUGAUCUCUCGAGAAAGACGUUCUCUCGAAUCAGAUUGAAUUAUGUGUUUGCCAUGGCUUACAAUGUCGUAGCGAUCCCUAUUGCUGCCGGAGUUUUCUUUCCGUCGUCGGGGAUUCAGUUGCCUCCAUGGGCAGCUGGCGCGUGCAUGGCUAUGUCUUCUGUUAGUGUUGUAUGUUCUUCUUUGUUACUUAGGAGAUACAGAAAACCAAGGCUUACCACUAUACUAGAAAUAACUGUAGAAUAGAAAGUGUGUCAAGGAAAAAAGUUAAAAAUAAAAAGUUAAAAUUUCACAUUCAUUUCACAGGAAGGUUACUGAUAUUUACAUAAAGUGGGUCUCGAUGGAAUUUGGGCCCAAAUUUUGUGUUUUUUUUUUUGUUUUGUUUUAUUUUUUCCCACGUGGUGUAAUUCUACCACCCCAGUCCUUGUAAAUGCUACUUGUAUAAUAAUUUUCUUUGGUUUUAACCUUUUGUCAAUCCA